ACCACAAAUGACUCGAGUCCACUCAGUCAAGUCGGGUUUAGCGGCCUUCAAUCCUGCAUCCUUCACUGUUCCUGCCGCUCACGAACGAUUCCUGACAUGGGUUGUAUGCUCAUCGACCCUUCUCAAAAGUACCAGCCGUACAUCCCCCUCCAGUUCGAUGGGCGAAAAUGGCCCACGAGAACUUUUCAAAAGGCUCCCAUCUGGCUAUCCACCGAUUUGCGUGAUGGAAAUCAGGCGCUGGCCAACCCCAUGACCGCCGAUCAGAAGCUCACUUUCUUCAGAUUGCUCGUUAAGUGCGGUUUCAAGGAGAUCGAGAUCGCCUACCCUGCUGCCAGUGAUACCGACUUCAAUUUUGUCCGUUACCUCAUAGAACACAAUGAAAUCCCCGAUGACGUCUGGAUCCAGGUUUUAACACCAGCGCGCGAAGACCUCAUUCGCCGGACGUUCGAGUCCAUAGUUGGUGCAAAACGUGUCAUCAUCCACAUGUACAACGCAACGUGUGCAUUGUUCCGCAGUGUCGUCUUUCGCAAUUCCAAAGAGCAGACGAUAGACCUUGCAGCGUCCCACACAAAGAUUGUGCGCGACCUCUCGGACCAGUACGCUGCCUCAUACGGUACAUUGUUUCGAUACGAGUAUAGUCCGGAGACAUUCUCCCAGACUGAAAUCGACUUUUCCGUUGCCAUUUGCGAAGCAGUCAAAGCUGUAUGGGGGAAGGCGGGCCCUGGCGAUAACAGAAUUAUUUUCAAUCUCCCUGCAACGGUUGAGGUAGCUCCUCCCAAUCACUACGCUGACCAGAUAGAGUACUUUUGCACGCACGUAUCCGAGCGUGAGCACAUAGUUGUGAGCUUACAUCCUCACAAUGAUCGAGGCACGGGUAUCGCUGCUGCGGAACUAGCCGUCCUCGGUGGAGCUGAUCGAAUCGAAGGGUGUUUAUUCGGAAACGGCGAACGGACUGGAAACGUCGACAUCGUCAACCUUGCGCUGAAUCUGUACACGCAAGGAAUCUCUCCCAAUCUCGAUUUCAGCGACCUUCAGGGCAUCAUCGAUAUUGUGACCCAAUGCAACGACAUACCUGUUCAUCCCCGCCACCCUUACGCUGGCGAACUCGUUUUCACGGCAUUCUCCGGUUCUCAUCAGGACGCUAUCAAAAAGGGCUUCGAGGAACAGAACCAGCGUCACGCACGUAACUCCGCCAAUGGCGAACCGCAGAUGUGGAGCAUGCCUUACCUUCCGAUUGACCCAGCUGACCUGGGCUGCACAUACGAAGCGGUUAUUCGCGUUAACUCGCAAUCUGGUAAAGGCGGGAUUGCAUACCUCGUCAAGCAGCAUCUCGACCUCGAUUUACCUCGCAAGAUGCAGAUCACAUUUUACCAGGUUAUUCAGGCCAUAGCUGACCGCGAGGCUCGGGAAAUGACAGUAGAAGACAUAACAACUGCAUUCCGGAGCACCUAUCACUUUGGUGGCCCGAAGUACGAAGGAAGGCUAGCGCUGAAGUCCUUCAAUAUCACUACGGAGCCCUCGACUGAUCCCAUAGAUGAAGAAGAGAUCCGUGACGAGCACCGCCACUUCGACGGCACUAUCAAGGUCGACGGUGUUCUACGGGUUGUUCGAGGCGACGGGAAUGGCCCUAUAUCUGCUCUGCUUGACGCUCUCCGCGUUCACCUGGACGUAAACCUUACUCUUCGCGAGUACAGCGAACACACCAUCGGGGAUGGUCAAAAUGCUAGGGCUGCGUCAUACAUUGAGCUGGUGGCUGCGACAGACAAUGUCAAAGAGGCGCGCGGGACCCCCCAAUCCUGGUGGGGCGUGGGUGUCGAUUCUGACAUUACUGCCUCGGGUCUGCGGGCUGUACUCAGUGCCGUGAACAGUGCGAUUGGUGAUCGUGUCUUACCUGAACUGAAGCUCAAUGUCGGCUUUAAUUCCACGACGGGACAGGCUGACAUCGCAGAUGCCAUCGUUAAUUCUCUGGGAUUGCAGUUGCCGCGACGUUUUCAGGCUUCAUUCUUUCAAGUUGUUCAGCGUGCCACCUUCGACUCAAGCGGCCAGAUAUCACACGACAGCCUCACACAACUGUUCAAGGAGACGUAUGGUUACGAAGUCCCACACUGUUCACGCUUCGAACUUUUAUCCUUUAACCUUGAAAAGCUCACCGAGGCUGGCCGCCGUCGUAUCUCUGUUGAGUUGCUGAUUGACGGUGAGGUCCAACAAGUCACAGGAGAAGGAAAUGGUCCACUGUCGGCGGUGCUGGCUGCCCUUCAUUCGCAGAUCAAGGGAACCUUUUCAAUUCGAGAGUAUUCCGAACACUCGAUUGGUGAGGGUGCGGAGGUGACAGCAGUCUCCUUUGUGGAGUUGGUGUACGAGGUCGAGGGGAGGUCUAAAAAGGCAACUGCCUGGGGCAUUGGCCAUGAUUCGGAUAUCACUGCCUCUGGGUUAAAGGCUGUUUUGAGAGCUGCCAGCAGCAUUGAUGUGAUAGGUGGGACGGUUUGAGCUGUUGCCUUGUCUUUGUACUUUUAUGUAUGUACGCUUUAUUCACUGCGGAAACGAGAUUUUAGCAGGGGGCAUAACCGGAUUCUCCAAAUGUAGAUAAUCCGACCUUGAUUUUUUUUUGUAAGAUAUAGCUAUUAGUCUGAG